CUCUUCCACCAAUAACUCCUAUACCCAUCGUUUCCCAACCUACAUCUUCUCCUUUUCCUUUUCUCCAUAAACCAAACAAUGUACAUUCUUGUUUUAUAGUACUCUUCUCAUCAAUUCUUGUAUCUAUCUGCCAUGUCUCUCAUGGCUCAUGCAAACCAUGGUAACACCACCAUCGUUCCUAACAUGAAAAAGAGGUUUGAAGUUGGUGGUGAAAAGAGAAGGGUUCAACUUGAACAAGAGGUGUCAAAAUUGCAGAAAAUGCUCGAAAACGAAGAGAAAGUUCACCAAGUACUAGAGCGAGCAUUGCUUCCAUGUGCAAAUGGAACCAUGCUUCAAAUUCCAAGCUUUCUUCCAAAAAAGGCGAAAGAGCUCUUAGCGGAACUUGUAAUGGUAGAAGAAGAGAUAGCAAGACUCGAAGGUGAGAUCGGGAAAAUACAGCAGGACAUUAGCGAUGAACAAGAAUUGCGAACAAAAUAUAGAAGAAAAAAUGAUGAUGAUGAUAAGUUCGAUAUGAGUGCAAGAAUUAUGUCACAAGCUUCUGAUCAACAUUCAGCAUCUUUCAACCAAUCCUCAAGAAUCACUUCAUUUCAUGAGAAGGUAACAUUGGAGACAAAGCCAAUGUUCUUCAUCAACCAAGCAAUCAACGGAGGAUACAUAAUGCAUGGAUUUAACAACAAGGUGAAAAAAGAAAUUGCCGAAAAAAAGGAAAACCAAAGGUUUAGACUGAAGAAAAGUGAAAUUGUUGUAGAAAAUCAAUCCUCUCCUAAGUUACUACUCCCAAGGCAACAUAUAACAAAAGAUUCAGCAGACAACUUAGCCAAGAAAAGUAUUCUGAAUUUGCAAGCAAACAAAUUAUCGGAAAGUAUCAUGAAAUGUUUGAUUUGCGUUUUUCUGAGGUUGUUGAGAACAACAAGGACAUUAGAGAUUGAGAAAUCAGGAAACUUGUCAAGGUCUUUGCCUUCAUCAAUACUCUCAAGAAGUCUUAGAAUUGAAGGUGGCUUAAACACAAAGACAAGCCAAACAACUCAAAGAGAGUUAGGCCAAAAGGAUCCUUAUGGUGUUUUCGAGAUUGAAGAUUCAAUAACACGAGACAUUGGUCCUUACAAGAAUCUCGUCCAAUUCACAACAAGUUCAUUGGAUUCGAAGGGCAUCUCUACUUCACUUCCACUACUUAAGAAACUAAGGGGAUUAUUGAACAAUCUUGAAGAAGUGGACUUGAGAUUCUUGAAUCACCAACAGAAACUUGCAUUCUGGAUCAACAUGUACAAUACAUGUAUAAUGCAUGGAUUUCUAGAGCAUGGUUUGCCUUCAGACCCUGAGAAAAUACUUGCAUUGAGGAACAAGGCUGUGCUCAACAUUGGAGGGAACAAACUCAAUGCAUUAGCAAUAGAGCAUUUAAUCUUGAGACAACCUUCAAACAUCAAGGAAGCCAAAGACAACAAAGACGAGAAUGAAGAUUCAAUUCAGAGCAUGUAUGCAUUGGAACAAUCAGAGCCAAACAUUAUAUUCGCAUUAUGCGCCGGGAAUAAAUCUUCGCCUGCAGUAAGGAUAUAUACUGCAGAAGGUGUGAUCAGUGAGUUAGAAAAGGCGAAAUUAGAGUACUUACAAGCUUCAAUAGUAGUAACUUCGACGAGGAAGCUGAUGAUACCUAAACUUCUGGUCUUGAACAUGCGUGAACUUGCCAAAGGUUUGGAUUCACUGGUAGAAUGGAUUUGCAUCCAAUUGCCAACAUCUGGUUCACUGAGAAAAUCAAUAGUUGAAUGCUUGAGAGGGCACAUCAAUGGCAAGAUAUCUGAUGCUGUGUGUGUGAUUCCUUGUGAUAUGGAGUUUCAGUAUUUGUUGCCAAAGUGAGUGAUGAUUGAUGAAGAUGGUAUUGUGAUUAUUGAUGAUCAAGAGGAAUUGAGUUUUGGAUGUGUGUUUUCAGAAUCACAUGUGAGGUUUAAGGAAUGUAUCAAUAUAGUGAGUAAAAUUUACUUAUACUUUGUUUAUGUUUUUUUAUACGUUUAAUAUUCAAUUUCAAGUGGGAUAAAUUAAACAAUGCAUUGAGGAA